ACGGUAUCGCUUGAUCUUUGACCUUUCACCUAAAACCUCACCGGCACACAGAAAUGGCUGCCUCUACUCAGUCCUUAGUGAAGGCAUUGUGCCGUCUGUCGCCUUUUACAUUCCAACCAUUUCGUCGUUAUCCGUUCUGUCAACAAAGGUUUCCUGUGAGGGCAUGUGCGGCACUGUCUCCAUUUGAACAUCCAAGUCGCCUUUACUGCAAGAGAGCAUCACUGCAGGAUAAGGCUGCUACUCAGGCUACAGAGACUCAACAACGUUACAAGGACAGACCCUGGGAUUAUCUGGGGAGUGAAGAGUACAUUGAGAAGUAUGGAACCAAUCCGGUGUGGGCAGGGUACAGGAGGAACCACAAAGGAGCCAUUCCCCCACAGAAGACACGCAAGACUUGCAUUAGAGGAGACAAGAUAUGUGGAAAUCCCUGUCCAAUUUGUCGGGAUCCGAACAUUAUUAUUCAUCGUCAGAACGUGAAGCUCCUGCAGCAGUUCAUUAGUCCCCACACUGGAAUGGUGUUUGAUCCCACUCUAACUGGCGUGUGUAUGAAACAGCAGAAGGUGUUAAAUCAGGCCAUCAACGCAGCACGAGACCACGGCUUACUUCCCUUUCAAAUUCCAUAUGUGGAAUUUUCACGAGAGGACUACUCCAAUUCCCAUGAUGCUGUGGGGUCCACACCACCUCCCCCAUGCUUAACCACCAAUGAUAGCUGGUAUGCAUGGUAUAAGGAAAUUACACCUGACGACAAUGAAGUGGCUAAAGUUAAGACGACAUACAAGGCAUUCUUAAAGUGAGAGACAACAGAAAUUAUACCACUGCUCAUGAGUUCUUUGCAAGUAGAAGUUCUUUGUUUUGCUAUACAAUUGUAUAAUAUACAACUAUGCAUAUAAAAAUUGCUCAAUAAAACCACAUGAUGAAAGAUGAA